AUGGCGGACAGUUUACUGGACAACUACAAUCCUCUCUAUGAUAUACAUUUGCGACAAUAUUUCGCUUUGCCACAUAUGCAAAAACAUCUGCAAAAAAUGGGCUUGGUUAGUUGAACUUUUUGGACAAAAAACAAAACCAUUUCAAAAAUUCUGAGCUCAUACAUAUUCUAAAAAAAAAAGUUUCGCCUACAAAAAGCUCAUAAACCUUUCAAUGUUUCCAAGGUUUCAGAAAAUUGUACUUUUUUGAGGGAGAGAGGAUUAAUGAGCCUUGAGGAUUUCUGGAAAAAAAGACUUGAAGUUUGAAAAUCUGUUUUUUUUCAGAAAAUGAAUACGAGCAUUCAAAAAAGUUGAUUGAAAUUUCUGAAAACAUAUAUAUGAGCUCAUUUAAUUUUACUUGAAAAAUUGGUUGAAAAAUUUAAUUAUUUUUCAAGAAAAAAUUAAUAAGCUCUGAAAAUCUCAAAGUUCAAAAAUCCUUAAGAUUUUUCCCCAAUUUAUUUUUGUAUCUUCUAAAACUCGCUCAAAUUGCCUUCGUUCUUCGUUCAAUGUUCAGAAUCCUCUCCAACACAAAAAAAAGUACUUUCAAUCAACACAGAGCCACAAUUUUCGGAGGAACAGCUUUGCCUCCAUUUUUUUCUUUUCCAACUAAAAAAAACGCCUUGAAGACAAAUGAAGCCGCGAAGAAGGUUUUUUCUUCUUCUCGGGGCCCAUUUUUUGCCUCUUGUGACACCCAAGGGAAUAUGUCAUCAUAAUUGAACGUUUUCUCUUCGAAAUGCAAACAAGAGUACUGUAGAUUGAGCGAAAAAGGGGGCAGAAAAAGAACAUUGAAAACAUAGUUGUUAUUAUGAGGGAAACAAUAAAUAAAUAAAUAAUACCGUAAUUGCAAAGGAUUACGUUUUGUAGUGACCUUGAGAAAUAUAAAAAUAAAAUGAAUAUAUUUUUCAGCUCGAAUCAACAUUGAAUCUACACGGUGAUGAAGUUUACGCAAGACAUCACGCUAUGAUGGAUAUGAUGUUGAAAAAUCGAGAAGCUCAAUUAAUGAAAAUGGCAGAGUUGCGCAAAAAACUUGAUGCUGCUGAAAAAGUUGAAAUUUGUCGUAGAAUUCGGACUGGACAAAGUCCCGAAUCAUAUCGGAGAGGAAAACCAAGUCGUAGUUUAAGCAGAAGUGAGGAAUUGUAGAUUUUAUGAAAGUGGGAAGCUAGAAAAUUUCAGAUAAAUUUCCAGACAUUUAAAAAAAUGAGCGGUGUCCCUUUAAAAAUUCCACUUAUUGUUUUGUAUAAUUUUUUUGAUGAAUUAAAAAUUUAGUAAAAAUGAUCCGAUUCUGAAUUUCCAACACUUGAAACUUGGAGAAAAAUUACGGUUACCCUGACCCCAGCCAAGUUCUUCUAAAUCAUUUCAAAAAUUCCCCAACAAAUUCUCUUUUUCAGGUCGAGCAGCUCAAAAAGGAGGCAGACAACGCAGAUUUUCCAACAGUUUCGAAGAUAAAGAUUUCGUGCAAGACAUCGAGCAAAAGAACACAGAUCCACUCGAUUAUGACACACGUGAUCCAUACAAACGAUUGUCUGCGAAUGCAAAACGAUUCAACUAUCUUCAUAAAGUAAAUUCCAUACGCUCUCAAAAGAAUCUUCUCAAAAAAAAAUGAUUUUAUUUUCAGUUGGAUGAUCCAACAUUGAUUGCCUACAAAGACAACAUCAAAAAACAACUUCAACGUCUCGAAAGAUUCCGUGAAAUCUCAUUUGGUCCACAUUCGGUUGCUCGCCAACCACCACCACCACAAACAUCGUGGUUUUUCAGAAGAAGGUAACUUUCAGCAAAAAGAAAUAUUUUUUUUUAGAAAAUGAGAAUUGAAUGAAUGAAAUCUAUUUUUCGGUAGAUGUAAAUAUUGUUCAGUUUAUUUAUAGUUAACUAAUUUGAUUUUGGCAAGGUUUUGUUCUAACUUACUUACAUCAGAGAAGAGAAAAAAGAAUUUGAUUUUAUUUAAUUUUGAAAAAGAAAAAAAAAGACAAAUAAUUAAUAGAAAUGUUUUGUUGUGCAACUGACUCAUUAUGUGUUUAUUUCUAUUCUAUUCAGAUCGCUACCUAGUCUGACUGCUUCAGCUCCUGGGAAUACUUUGAAAGACCCACUAAGGUACUAAUAUGUCAUUAAUGUCCUUUAUAUUUAUGCUUUCUAAAUAGUCGAAAAUCCAAUUCCAAACAACUUCUACCUCUUCUGUGAUUGUGAUCUAUUCAAUUCAUCCUGUUCCUUUGUUUGUUUCGCGCACAUUUUCUAACCCUUUUUUCAAUCAUGGUUAUGUUUUUUUAUUUUGAGUUCAACAUCAUUUUCAUUUUCAUUUUCAUUUUCAAAAAAACAUUUUGGAUAAGACAUUAUAGUGAAAGCUUUUUGGCCAUUUGCUUUUUGUCCUAUCCCAAGUUUUUAUGAGCAAUAUCACAUUUGUUUUUGAUGGUGUUUUGGUGGUGCACAAAACACCAAACCACCAUCAAAGGCUAAAAGCAUGGCAUUUGCACAGCAAUUUGAAAUAUUGUUUGAUUUUCAGAAGCAUUUUGAAUAUGAGAGGGCGCAAGGCGACUCCACAUGUUGGAAACAAAUUGAAUGCUAGUGGAGAUAGCAGAACUAGUUGUCCACCAACGACUAGAAAACGACGUGGUAUGGAAAUUUUUAAAGGCAUUUGGGUAGUUUUUUUUGGCGAGAUAUAUGAUAAUUUUUAUUGAUCUAGAUCUAGAUCUCUAACCUAGAAGUUUAGUAGAGAAAAAAUUCAGUUCAGGCCCAACAUCAGCUGCCCAUUUGCCUUCCUCGCACAAAAAACAACACCAAAACCAACUAUUUUCCAGAUUCAAAUCCUAGACUCCCCCCAAUCAAUGGCCAAAAGAUCAAGCCGAUAAAACCUCAAGCUGCUCAAGCUGGAUUCACAAAACUUCCACCAACUGGAAAAGGGUAAAUCUAGACUCGAUUUCUUUUUCUCUUCAAAAAAAAAUCAAAUUUUUUUUGCAGAAAAUCACCAGCUCGUGGGAGACCGGCUACUAAACGUGUAACUACUACCACGACUACUACAACAACCACAUCUAGCAAACCUGUUGAGAGAACUCCGUUGCCAACUGUCACUGGGCAUGCGAUGCUUGGAGCUGGAGCUGCCGCGGUUGCUGCUGGCGCAGCCGCAGUUGCAGCAACUCAAUUGGUUUCUGAAAAACCGGUUGCUCAACAUACACCAACUCCACCGUCUUCACCAGUUUUGGAAACCCAAAAAACAUUUGAUCUUGCAUCGCCAAAUGAGGAAAAUAAAGAUAUUGAAUUCCCAGAUAGUCCAACACUCGAGAAUCGCAUUGCAACACCUGCAGCAUCUGAACAUCAAGAAGAAUAUGGUGCACAUGUGAAUGAAGCAUUCGCUGAUGAACCGAUUCAACAACAAGACGAUCAUGAAAGUGUUAAGUCUGGUGCCACUGAUGAUGAGAUUCAUAUUCCUAAAAAUCAAGAUCGCGAUGAAACUGAAAGUGAAUCUGAGCCAGAAUAUGCUGAAGAAGAUGAUGAAGUUCAAAGAGCAUUUGCUGAUGAUGAAACUGAACAACCAAGAGAAAUUCCAGAAUUGAAAGUUGAUUAUUAUCAAAAUACUGAAGAAGAAGAGCAUGUUAUUCAGAAACGUGAAGUUGAAGAUGAACCAACUGAACAUCAAGAAAAUCAAAAUCACGAUGAAAUCGUUGUUCAAGUAACCAGUCCACCAAAUGAGAUCGAAUCUUCUGAAUAUGUUCGUCACGAAAGCGUAGAAAGCCCGAUCCAAUCGAUAAAUGUUUCCGCUAGUCAAGCUGUUCCAGAAGAACAACACGCUGAUCACGUUGAGAGUCCAGAACUCAGUGAAACCGCUGGUUCAGUUCGUCACAGCCCAAUUCAAUCAGUUCACAUUCCUCACGAGGAAGUUAUUUCACCAUAUUCGGAACAAAUCACAAGUUCAGUUGAAGAGCAGUUUGUUAAACCUAUUGAAUCGGAACAUCAAGAUGUUACAUCGUCAAGCCCAGUUCAAUCGAUUCACGAAGAUCAUAUCUCAAGUGUUGCACAUUCUGUUCAUGAAGCAUAUGUUGCAUGUCCAGCCCAAUCUGUUCAUGAAGAAGUUGCUCCAAGUACAGUUCAAUCUGUUCACGAAGAAAUUGCUCCAAGUCCAGUUCAAUCUGUUCAUGAAGGAGGUGCUCCAAGCCCAGUACAAUCCUUGCAUGAGCAAGUUGCACAAAGUCCAGUGCAAUCUGUUCACGAAGAAAUUGCUCCAAGCCCAGUUCAAUCGAUUCACGAAGAUCAUAUCUCAAGUGUUGCACAUUCUGUUCAUGAAGCAUAUGUUGCAUGUCCAGCCCAAUCUGUUCAUGAAGAAGUUGCUCCAAGUACAGUUCAAUCUGUUCAUGAAGAAGUUGCUCCAAGUCCAGUGCAAUCAGUUCAUGAAGAGGUUGCUCCAAGUCCAGUACAAUCCUUCCACGAAGAAGUUGCUCCAAGUCCAGUGCAAUCUGUUCACGAAGAAAUUGCUCCAAGUCCAAUGCAAUCCUUCCACGAAGAAUCUGCUCCAAGCCCAGUCCAAUCGAUUCAUGAAGAGGCUGCACUGAGUCCAGUACAAUCUCUCCACGAACAAGUUGCACACAGCCCAGCUGAACCAGUUCAUGAAGAACCUAUUGCUGCAAGUCCAGUUGGAUCUGUCCAUCAAGAAGUUGCUGCUAGUCCAGCACCUUCAGAAGAUUCUAGAGCUCAAUCAGUUAAUGACGAACCUAUUGCUGCAAGUCCAGUUCAUCAAGAAGUUGCUGCUAGUCCAGCACCUUCUGUUCACAGCAAUUUCGAACAUUCAGCAAGUCCAGUACAUGUUGAAACUUCUCACGAAAAUGAUGCUGUCAGUCCAGUUCAAUCAGUCCACGAUGAAACAGUUCUUGAACAAGCUAGCCCAGUUUCAUCAGUUCAAGAUGAGAUUGCAGCUGCAAGUCCAGCUCAAUCAAUUCACGAACACAGCUCAAUUGAAAAUAGCGUUAUCGUUAGCUCGGUUCAAUCAUUCAUCGAACAACCAGCAAGUCCAGCCCAAUCUGUUCAUGAAGAAGAAACUCGCUCUGUUCAUGAAGUAAAUUCAAGCCCAGUUCCAUCAGUCACAAUUACACACGAUGAUUCUGGAAUUGAACAUCCUUUCGAAGAUGAGGAAAGACCACAAAGCUUGGUUGAAUCUGAAAAUGUUCUUGAACAUGUUUCUGCAAGUCCAGUACAAUCUGAGCAAUCUGCUCCAGUGAGCCCAGCGGCACAAAGCCCAGUGCAAUCCGUCCACGAAGAUGUUCCAGCAAGCCCAGUUCAAUCGAUCCACGAGCAAGAGUCACAUGAAGAAGUUGCUUCAAGUCCAGUUCAAUCCAUUCAUGAAUCACACGCAGAACAAGCUCACAGCCCAGUUCCAUCGUCUCACAAAGAUCAUGCGGCAAGUCCGGUGCAAUCUGCUCCAGUGAGCCCAGCUGCUCAAAGCCCAGUUCAAUCAGUUCACAGUGAACAUAUUUCAUUUGAAAAUCGAAUUGAAAAUGAUGCUGCAAAUGAAGCUGCGUCUCUCAUUGAGGAAGCACUUUCUGAAGCCCCAGCAAUCAUUGAUUUGGUAAAUAAAAUUGAAGAAAAUGAAUUUGCCAAAGAUCCAGAAGCUUAUGAAUUGAACUAUGAUUCGAACACUGAUCAAAUGACUCAAUCAAUCUAUCAGCCGAACGAUGAGGAGAAUGAGCAAGAAUCAGAUGAUGAGCACAAAGUGCAAACCGAAACUCAAGAAUGGGACGACGGAACUCAACACAUCAAACAAACCAUCGCCGAAUACACCAGUGAUGACGGAACUUCACACUUUAGUCAAACUGUAACUGUAGUCACUGAUCAAUUAGUCAAUCAACAAAAUACCGAUGAUAAUGGAUCAACAGAUUCAUUGAUCAUUCACGAUGAACCAUCCGAUUAUCAAAUGACACAAUCAUAUUAUCAGCCAAGAGAUGAACAUUUCACCGAGAAAACUGUUAGUUUCUUUUAUUUUUUAUUGAUACACAUAAAUGAUCCUAAUUUGUAAUUAAAAAUUAAGGUCACCACAACAACUACAACUACUGUAAUCAAAUCAGGUGUCGAUGAAGAUUUGAAAAACAACAAUGAUGAUGAAGAUCAAUCAAAUGAAACGUGGGUUUUCAGAUUGAAAACAGAAAAUUAAAAUUCAAUCAAUAUUUUUUCAGCCACUCUGAAAAUGGAAACGCUCCACAGGCUGCACAAGUUGCCAUGUCAAACGGUCUUCCAACAUCUGGAAUUCUUGUUGACGAUGAAGAUGAGGGCAACAUAUCUUCUCUAUAA